UUGAGAGAGCUCGCGGCAACCAGGCGGAGUCUAGCGUCGUCUUUGGAAACACGGCGUAGCUAUUGUCAGACCAGCCCCUGGGCGGAGGAUCUGGAGAUUGAUGCCUCAGGUUGGUUUAGUCCCGAGCAGAGACGUACAUGCGCUCGGGCAGUAAGUGGACUGUAGACGGCGGAGUUAAAGACUUCAGAGACGCGCAACCCAGGAACGGAUAGAAGCAAACAGACAGUAUACGCUGCAUUUUGUCGUCAUAUAUGCUCUUCAGUUUUUGAAAGCAAGUGGAAUCGGACACAGUGAGCGACACAGACAUGUGUAACCGAGCAGGAAGAUGCCGGGAGGAUCUAGGCCGGUGGGUUUAGGAGGUCUGCAUGCACACUCAACCUGAAAUUCGCGUCUAUAUGAAAGUUUGAGCUGAGCGUGAUGGCAUCUAGUCUUACAUGUGCAGGCGUGGUGUGGGCCCUGUUGUCCUUCUUUUGUGCUGCCACAUCUUGCAUAGGCUUCUUCAUGCCAUACUGGCUGCUUGGGUCACAGAUGGGUAAGCCGGUGUCAUUUGGAACAUUCCGCCGCUGUUCCUACCCCGUAAGGGAUGAGGCCCGUGGUGGGACAGUUAUGUUGGAGCAGUGUGGGCGCUAUGCCUCCUUUCAGGGCAUCCCGAGUCUGGAGUGGAGGAUCUGCACGGUAGUGACGGGGGCAGGCUGCGGACUGCUGCUCUUGGUGGCUCUCACUGCAAUCAUGGGAUGCUGUGUUACGGAUCUAAUCUCUCGCACCAUCGGACGUGUGGCAGGAGGGAUACAGUUUGUGGGAGGGCUGCUGAUCGGAUCGGGAUGUGCCCUGUACCCUUUAGGCUGGGACAGUGAAGAGGUCAGACAGACUUGCGGUAACAGCUCUGACCAGUUCGAACUUGGUUCUUGUGAGAUCGGAUGGGCUUAUUACUGCACCGGGGCUGGAGCUGUGGUGGCCAUGCUGUUGUGCACGUGGAUGGCAUGUUUCGCAGGGAAGAAACAGAAACACUACCCUUACUAAACAU